AUGGCCUCCGCUGGCGCUGAUGAGUCGAGCAACGUCAUGACGAGCGGCGGCUCCACCUACCGCCACGACGACCGCACGGGCUCUGAGUCCGGCGGUGCCGGCAGCCGUCCGUCGCCCCAGCACAAGAGUCCACGCGGCCCCGGCGAUCUCCUCUUCGGACGCGUCCCGUUCGUCGCCGCCGGCUCUGCAGGUCCGUCCUCUCCUCAACACCAUCACCAACGCUACACUAGGCAGCACUACAAUCCGGCAACGACAUGGAAGCCCCAGCCUGUUGUUGAGAGCCCGGUGUUCAAGAACACAACGGUGGUAAAUAUGAUGAGGCGCAUGAACUACGAGGUCGGGUCCGGCUCUGGCCUCGGCAAGCACGGCCAGGGCAUCACAUCUCCUGUGAAGGUGGUGAAGCGGCCAGAGAGCGCUGGUUUCGGCACGGUCGGCGCCGAGGGAGAAGGAUCAUACGAUAACGGACUUCCCAACAAGGUCCCGGAAACCUUGCCGACCAAAUGGGGAGCUGACCAGUGCGCGGAUGAAAUCUCUCAAGCGGUCUACAACGACUGGGAGAUGGGCGACGCCGACGGAUCGCGGAAGCAAGGCCGGGAGUUCUGCCAGAAAAUACUCGCUGAAGUGCGGGAGCUGCAAGAUGGUGUCCUGGACGACGGCGAGCAUAUGGUGGUGGACGCGGCGGAGGAGAUCAUCGAGGUCGUGACACUGGUGCACCAGAAAAGUGAAUCGGGAGAGUUGACGGCGGGCCACCUCAUCUUGGUGUUCACAAGGCUGAAGGAAAAGUUCCCGGAGGAGUACCAGACGUACUGCCUCGCGAACACGGCGGGCGUGCUCGUGGCGCGGCUCAUUGGCCCGGUGCUCCAAAGGUGGCAGCCUCUUUGGGACCCGGCCAUGUGGCUGGACGUGUUCGUCGUCCUAAGGAACACACUGGACGAUGGGUCGGCCAUGUCGCCGUACGUGGAGCUCGUCGAAGACACGGUGGUUCCGGCUGUCCAGGCCUUGGAGUGGAAGACCACGGACUCCGAGCGGAUGCGCCGCUUCCUGGCGCAGUGGAAGGACACACUGCCUCCUUCCGCCGUGCAGCGCAUCCUCGUAGAGGUCGUCAUGCCGGAGCUGACCGCCGAAGUGGAGUCAUGGGACCCGCGGGAUGCCUGGCAGGCCGACUGCUGUCACCUCCUGCUUCGCCAGUGGAUGCCGCUCGCCGGUCCACUGCUGGAGAGCCUAUGCGUCACCGUGAGACGCAAGCUUGAGAGGGCGCUGCGGGAAUGGGACGACGCCGGCCACGCCUUGCUCUCCAAGUCCAACCUUAACCUGGUGGCGCCCUGGAAGGCCCUGUUCGGCCGGGCGAGCUGGGAGGAGUUCGUCGACGGGAUCGGCGUCGUGCGGCACCUGGAACAGCGCCUGCGGAGCCUCCGGAUCACGCCGCCGAAGCAGAAUGACGACGCGUUCUUGGAGGUGAUCAUGAAGUGGGCGCCGCUCGUGCGGGCGGAGGACAUGGCGCGGCUCCUGGAGGCCGAGUUCUUCGGCAGGUGGCGGCACGCGCUCCGUCACUGGCUGCUGGCCGCGAAACCCGCCACCAGAGAGGCCGUCGAGUGGUGCAACGGGUGGGGGCGCGCCUUCACGCCGGAGCUGCGCGAGGAUGAGCGCGUGCAUGCCCGCCUCGAGGCUGGCAUAGACAUGAUCAACAGUGCGGCGCAGGGGCUGGAGAUUUAG